CAUCUUGCAGCUUGCAUCGACAGUGAACUCUACCCCAUUCCGCGUUUUCUAUUGGCACGGCAACAUGUCAGAACUGAGUAACGAUGCGAAAUUGAGCAUUGUGUCGGGGUUUCUGCUUGACAGUCCACCUGGAGAAUUAAACGAUGUUUUCAAUGACGUGCGAGUGUUGGUAGACGAUGAAUCUCUGCUGGAAAAUGGAGUGGCGAGCAUAUUUGAAGAAUACAACCUGGAGCAGUUCAUAACCGUGACUCCUCCUGGGCAGAAACACCAGGUCAUUUUGUCAAAGUACGGAAAGGUGGAUGAAACUCGGUAUCUGGACCCUCGGUCAUCCCAAACCUUUUACGUUGACCACAUCCGGCAGACAACCUCUGAUGCGGAAGAGGUAGAGCGUAAUGCUGAGACAGAACCUUACAGAGACGCUUUGGAUCAGGCCGCCGCCAAGUAUAUUGCAGAGCAUUAUCCAAACGGGGUGGCAACUGUUUUUGAUGGAAAUGAACUUGUGUUGCAAAUUGUGGGCAACAAAUACAAUCCGGACAACUUUUGGAAUGGGCGAUGGCGGUCGAUUUGGACGACACAGAUUGGUUCAAGCGAAUUGAAGGGACUCGUGAGGGUGAACGUCCAUUACUACGAGGAUGGAAAUGUGCAACUCACGGCGUCAAAAGACCUGACAGUAAACAUUGGAUCGUCCUCAGACCCGCGAGCAUUUGCCACGGCUGCUAUCAAGCAAAUUGCUAAAGCCGAAGCUGAUUUUCAAAAUGCGUUAAGCGACAAGUUUGCCGAUCUCUCCGAGGGUAUCUUCAAAGGAUUACGUCGAGCAUUGCCCAUAACGCGUAACAAGAUCAAUUGGGAUUCUAUUGCUACCUAUAAAAUUGGAUCAGAACUAUCAUCUAAAUAGAGGUUCACUGUAAUAUGUUGUCGUGAUAAAAUACCCCGCUGUAAAUGACAUCGUUGGAAGACUUUAAUCAUGCGUGCACGAAUA